CGCGAUUGGAUCACCGGGGGAGGAGGGAGGCGUGUUUAGGGGGGCGACCGAGAUUAGCCGCCGUGCUCUCUGCGUCCGCCGGCAGCGUUUUGCGUGAUUGAUUGUGAUUGCGUCCCUAAUCCUCAUUUAUCUUUUGCUUCCUUCGCUUUGUCCCUUUCCUCCUCCUCAUCAUCCCCUGUGCUUGUCUCGCACGCUCUCUCGCCUUCCACAACCCCCCAUCUCAUCUCGUCUCGGCUCGGCGCGGCGGCUGCAAUAAAAUAAAAUCGUGCAGGGGGGAGAGGACGUACGACGACGCGGACGCACCGUCAAAGGCUACAGGCUGCGCAAUCCCUUUCUCCCUCUUAUCCCCAAGGCCGCAAGGCGAGGAGAGGAGGCCCUUCUGCUGCUGCUGCUGUUCUUGUUUCCCCGCUUUCCAAGAUGUCGUCCCCGAGCAAGCGCCGUGAGAUGGACCUCAUGAAGCUGAUGAUGAGCGACUACAAGGUGGAGAUGGUGAACGACGGGAUGCAGGAAUUCUUCGUAGAAUUUAAGGGGCCGACCGAAAGUAUCUACCAAGGUGGUGUCUGGAAGGUUAGGGUAGAACUGCCUGAUGCAUAUCCUUACAAAUCCCCCUCCAUUGGCUUCAUCAACAAGAUUUAUCACCCGAAUGUCGAUGAGAUGUCUGGCUCUGUCUGUUUGGAUGUCAUCAACCAGACAUGGAGCCCAAUGUUUGAUCUAGUAAAUGUUUUUGAAGUAUUCCUUCCACAGCUUUUACUGUAUCCGAAUCCUUCUGAUCCAUUAAAUGGGGAGGCUGCAGCACUGAUGAUGCGUGAUCGUCCUGCUUAUGAACAGAAAGUGAAAGAGUAUUGUGAAAAGUAUGCCAAACCAGAGGACGCUGGCAUCACUCCGGAAGACAAAUCCAGCGACGAAGAGCUUAGUGAGGAGGAAGAUGACUCCGGGGAUGAAGCUAUACUUGGCAAUCCUGAUCCUUAGUUUAAGUUGGAAACAGUGCAGUCAGCUCAUCAAUACAAUGCUCAUUGCAGAAAUUGCAACUAAACAAAAACUGAAAAACUAAAAAAAACUCUCGAUGUCAUGUAAAUAAGUGUACCUUGUAUGUUAUCCAAUGUUGUUCCUUCAUUCGGUUGAUUGAAUUUCUCACUCCCACCA